AUGGUCCUAGCAUUGGGCUCCCUCGACCGUUGCUGCCGCGAGAGUUCCUUUGUCAUCGCAUGCAACUGGUUGCUCAUUACGUAUCGCAAUAUGUCCCUCACACGGCCCAACCCGCGAUUCCUCACCCGCACAAACCGUAUCUUCACCUCGCAAAUACGAACAUACGCUGCACCGGGCGACGGCGUGAUCCCACCUGCCAAGAAGAAGUAUGUUCCGACCUCAGGCACAUACCCGCUCGGGUUCAAGGCUGGAAGUGCGCAUGUUGGUGUCAAGGCGUCCAACACCCGCUUCGACGAUCUUGCUCUCAUCGCAUCCGACACACCCUGCGCGGGAGCGGCCGUCUUCACAACGAACAAGUUCCAAGCUGCUCCAGUCACAGUCAGCAGGGACAUGCUGAAGAAGAGGAAGGGCGAGGGAAUCCGGGCUGUCGUAGUGAAUUCAGGGUGCGCCAACGCAGUGACGGGACGUGGAGGUAUUGAGGAUGCUAUAUCCAUGGGCCAAGAAACCGACAAGUGCUUCAUACAAGACAAGAACGGGCAGGACGACCUGAAAGGAAGCCGGAGCAUUGUCAUGAGCACAGGUGUCAUCGGCCAGCGCCUGCCCAUUGACAAGAUUACCUCGAAGAUACCCACUGCAUACUACAAUCUCGGAGACACGCACGAACACUGGCUAGGCACCGCACGUGCAAUCUGUACAACCGACACAUUCCCCAAGCUCGUCUCAAAGACAUUUUCGUUACCGAGCACUCAACAAGAAUACCACAUUGCGGGUAUGACUAAGGGCGCAGGCAUGAUCCAUCCCAACAUGGCCACGCUUCUAGGCAUAAUCUGCACAGACGCCCCCGUCGCCCCUUACCUGCUCCGUCAAGCACUUGUCGCCGCCAUUGGAAAGUCCUUUAACAGCAUUUCCAUCGAUGGUGACACGUCCACCAACGACACAGUUGCUAUCCUAGCCAACGGUGCCGCCGGUGGACAGCCCAUUACCUCGGCCGAUUCCAAAGACUUUGCCGCUUUCCAAAAAGUCCUCACAGACUUCUCGAUUGACCUGGCGAAACUGGUCGUCAGAGACGGCGAAGGUGCGACGAAAUUUGUCACCAUCAAGGUGACAAAUGCCGCGUCGUACAAGGAUGCUCACCGCGUAGCCUCGACCAUUGCGCGCUCACCGCUCGUCAAGACAGCCCUGUACGGAAAGGACGCAAACUGGGGCCGUAUCUUGUGCGCGACGGGUUACGCCGAAGGCGUUGACUCCGUUGUUCCCGAAGAGACGAGCGUUAGCUUUGUCCCCACGGACGGCAGUGAGGAGUUGAAGCUACUUGUCAAGGGCGAGCCGGAGCAAGUUGAUGAGAACAGGGCAGCCAAGAUUCUAGAGGCUGAGGAUUUGGAGAUCAAGGUUAGGUUGAGUGAGAAGGAAGGCGAGGAGGCUGUCUUCUGGACAUGUGAUUUCAGUCACGAGUAUGUCACUAUCAAUGGUGAUUACCGGACAUAA